AUGUCGUCUUUAGUCUCCAAAUCCCGCCAUUCCCUCCACCGUCUGGCAACCUACCGCCCUAUUACAUCCCAAUACCUCAGCAUAUCAUCCCGUAGAACCUACGCUGCCACUGUUCUCUCAGAAUCAAAUCCAAAAUGGAAAUAUGUCCCCAAAUCGGGCACCUACCCACAAGGAUACUCCGUAGGCGGAAGCCACUGCGGUGUUAAGAAAGAUGGAAAAUCCCUCGAUCUUGCAUUACUCACUUCCUCUCUACCAGCCUCUGGCGCUGCAGUGUUUACCAAGAACGUAUUCAAAGCUGCUCCAGUUGUGUUAUCGCGACAAAUGCUCGAAGCACGAAAUGGCGAUGGUGUCCGUGCGUUAGUUGCAAAUAGCGGUUGUGCGAAUGCUGUAACCGGAAAAGGUGGGAUGGAAGACGGCGAGGCGAUGGGUAAAGCUGUAGAUACGCUAUUGGGAGAAUCGCAACCGAGUACAUUCAUCAUGUCCACCGGUGUUAUCGGUCAACGACUUCCUAUCAAAAAGAUACUGGAUGGUAUCCCAGUUGGAUUCAAAUUUUUGGGUCAAGACCAUGAAGGCUGGUUGAAUACAGCUAAGGCUAUCUGCACAACUGAUACAUUUCCAAAACUUUCUUCGCAGAGCUUUAAGCUCCCUGGAGAUGAAGCGGAAUAUAGAAUCGCUGGAAUGGCAAAGGGAGCUGGAAUGAUUCAUCCCAAUAUGGCAACAUUGUUGGGCUUCAUGGCGACCGACGCCCCGGUUACACCUGCGGCCUUGAAGGAAAUAUUGACAUACGCUGUUGAUAGGAGUUUCAAUGCUAUCAGCGUUGAUGGAGAUAUGAGUACAAACGACACUGUAGCAUUUUUGGCUAACGGUGCCGCUUCAAAAGACGGGAAGAAGAUCGAUGUUAACGGUCCUGGGUUCGAGGAACUGAGAAACAUAGUUACCGGUUUCGCGGAGGAGUUGGCAAAACUUGUGGUGAGGGAUGGAGAGGGUGCUACCAAGUUUGUGACCGUUAGAGUCGUCGACGCCCUAGCUUUCGAGGAUGCCAAACAAGUAGCUUCGACAAUUGCAAGGUCACCACUAGUAAAAACUGCACUUUACGGACGUGAUGCAAAUUGGGGCCGAAUCCUUUGUGCAACCGGGUACGCUGGUGUUUCAUCUGUGGAACCCACAAAAACGAAUGUUUCCUUCAUUCCAACAGACGGGAGCGCAGAACUCAAACUUUUGAUAAACGGCGAACCCGAGAAUGUUGAUGAAGCCAGAGCAAGCGAGAUCCUCGAGAUGGAAGACCUAGAAAUUAGAGUCAGCUUGGGCACUGGCGGUGGUCAAGAGGCAGUAUAUUACACUUGCGACUUUUCUCAUGAAUACGUAACCAUCAACGGAGAUUACCGAACAUAG